AUGAAAAUAUUCAGAGAUUAUCAUAACUUUUAUCUUAAUUUUGAUGUACUAUUAUUAGCAGAUUGUUUAGAAAGAUUUUUCAAAUUAAUGAAAGGUAAAUUUGGAUUAGAUAUUGCUCACUAUGUUUCUCUCCUUUUAUUUGCAGAAGAUGCUUUAUAUAAAACUACAGAACAAGAGAUUGAGCUAUUUAUUGAUGAUAAUAUGUACCUCUUCUGUAAGAAAGCUAAUAACCCACAAUGUUCUAAUUUUGUUCCAGAGUUAGAAGAAGCUAUGAAAAAACUCUAUACUUGGCUAUUAUAUAUUGAUGCCAAUACAUUAUAUACUAAAGCAAUAAUGCAAUCUAUACCAACAGGAAAACAUAGAUGGAUAAUGCCAGAUAAAACUCCAGACCUUUUUAAUAAAAUUACCAACUAUAUUUUGGAAGUUGAUCUUGACUAUUCAUAUAAAUUACACAAAGCUUAUACUUCAUAUCCUUUAGCUCCUGAAAAUAUUAAGAUUUUUAAAGAGAAAAUGACUAAAAAUGAUUUUGAGAAAAAUAUGUAUAAGCUCCUUGGUAAUGCAAACUAUAGAAAGACUGUAGAAAAUAUAUGCAAAUAUCAAAGAAUAGAUUUUGUUAGACCAGAAGGAGAAUCGAAAAAGUUUAAAAAAUUAGUAGCUGAUCUCAGUUAUAAGUCGCAUAGAAUUUUAGCAGAGAAUUUAGUAGGUAUUUCUCAUCAUCAAUCAAAAGCUAAACUUAGUAAAUCUAUCUUUAUUAGUAUGUCUGUCCUUAAUGAAA